AUGUUCGCCACCAAAACGAAAUACUGGGACCAGCGCAGUGCUUUGUCGGACCAGACGCCACUACGGCAGGAUUUGGAGCUCAUUCAGACUCAAAUCGUAGCUCGUCAUGGCGUAAGAUACCCAACGGGAGGUAAUAUCAAAGAAACUACUGCGUUUUUGGACAAGUUGAAGCCCUUCGAGAGUUCGUUGCCGGCGUGGAUGAGGAACUACUCGCUGCCGUACAAUCUGAGCGUGCAAGGGCAGCUUACGCAUGUUGGGAAGCGUGAACUGCGUAAGCUGGGGGCUCGUAGCCUCGCCAGAAGUGGAUUUGCUGAUGAAGGCGCAGAUACUCUUCUGCGCUUCUUUGACGUGUGUCCCCGAUACCAGCGAGAGGUGAAGAAGAACCCAACUGCUCAGACACAACAACAUGAGUUCCAGAGAUCAACCACCCUGGUCAAAACUGCGCAAUGGCUGAAGCAGUCGCUUGGCUUGAAGGACGAGGACAUUAAAUUCUCAGCCAAGGAUCUGAUGGCAGUGCAAUCUGCAUGCGCGUUCGACAUUGCUAUUUAUCAUCACAAGCACCACUGGUGCUCGCUCAUGUCGAUGACUUUCAUCCACGCGCUGGACUACCUGGACGAUCUCGAGGAGUUCUACUGGAUUGGGGCGGGGUACAAGAUCAACUACGAGAUGGCAGCCGUUCUCCUGCGCGAGGUGUUCACUACGAUGGGAGCAAGAGCUACCGGUGACAGCGCGCUCUUGGGGAGCUUCUUUUUUGCCCAUGCAGAGACGACUCUCCCAUUGAUGACUCUGAUGGGGUACGGUGAUCGCUCGCCUCUCGUGGCAAACGCUACAGAGGACGACAUCGCAUCUCGGGGAUUCCGGACUUCAAUCCUCUCUCCAUUCGCUGCAAACGUCGAAUUUCGGCUGUUCAAGCGAAAAUCGAGCGAGGAAAAGGAGUUUUAUGUGCAAAUUCUCAUCAACGAGAAGGAGGCGGCGAUCCCAGGAUGUGGUCGUGUGUACUGUAAGCUUUCGGAGCUAGAGCAACAGUGGCUCUACUACCUGAAGGUGUAUGAUUUCCACAAGGACUGUAUGUAA